UUACUGGUAAACAUUUACUUUUUGUUCACGUGGGGCUUUCUGAUUGGUUAUAUGUGAUUGCAGUAUCAGUAGCAUCCUGUAAUAUUAACAGCUCAAAGUUCAAAAUGCAGAUCUUUGUAAAAACCUUGACAGGAAAGACUAUUACCUUAGAAGUAGAGCCUAGUGACACUAUUGAGAAUGUAAAGGCAAAAAUCCAAGAUAAAGAAGGAAUUCCCCCUGAUCAACAGAGAUUAAUAUUUGCAGGAAAGCAGCUAGAAGAUGGAAGAACACUAUCAGAUUACAAUAUUCAGAAAGAGUCCACUCUUCAUCUUGUUCUACGUCUACGUGGUGGUAUGUAGGAUCUUGCAGAAGUUCACCGACGAGAAUUGGGUUUUGCAGAAAGUGAAGAUGGAAGUUUAUGGUAGGGGAAUUAAGAAGGUCCAUUAAGAUAUGUGAAAAAUAUACAUUUACUUACUGGAUUAUCAGAUUACAUUUAAGUAAUAAAUUCUAAUUUGCUUUUCAUAAAAUAGUUUUUCCAAAAUAUGUAACAUAGGAAUGCUGAUACAGAAAUUUUUGGACCAACCUCAAUUAUAGUAUCUUAUACUCAGAUUUUGCAUCAUUGAUAUCAGCAAGCUUUUAUUUGACUGUAGAGUCACAAUUAAAAACAUUUUUCAAACCAGAAA